AAAACGGUAUCGAAUCGCUCAGAGGCUUCCUUUCUUGCACGCCAUGCGGUGGGUGGGCUAUAAUACAUCCACUUUGUUUACCCCGUAUACAAGUUCUUGACAGAAUGACAUGCAUCAUCGCAGCAUCGAUUACUUGAAGUUACUCUUGAAGUCGUGAGCAGAAACCAAAACAGGGAAUCCCGAGCUAUCCCGACGUCCUGCACAUCGAUAUUCCACGUGAAGUCCCUAAAACUUCCGAGCUGACGGAGGAACCCACAUCCUCGGGACGGCACGUGCUAAGUUGGCGGUAUACCACUAACUCGUUUCUCGGGGGCGUCAUGUAUUCCACAAUACUGGGUUCCUGCUCUCUGGUUCUCCUCAUUUCUGGUCCUGUAUAUGGCCGCAGCGACUCCCCACCUUCACCCCAAUGGCCAUCACUGUCAAAUCGUUCUCGACGACAUUGUGGACUCACGCCAAAAAGCACACAGGCGUCGGGCUUGUAUGUGCAGUAGCCUAUUUUGAUCCAGGCAACUGGGGUGUUGAUCUCCAAGCAGGGUCGUCGUACGGAUAUCGACUGCUUUUCGUCGUUCUCCUGGCUGGACUCUUCGCUGUGUUCUUCCAGGUAUCCGCUCAUCGACUGGGAUGUGUAACUGGCCUUGACUUGGCCUCUCACUGCCGGGUGCUGCUUCAUCCUCGCCCUGUAACCCGGUACCUACUCCUAUACCCACUUUACAUUCUGUCGGAGACAGCAAUCGUAGCGACAGACCUGGCAGAACUGCUCGGGUCAGCGAUCGCCUUAUGUCUGCUCUUUCCUGCUCUCAAAAUAUGGCACGGCGUGCUGAUCACCGCGUUCGACGUCCUUUUCAUCCUCGCUCUCGGUGAUCCCCUUCUCAUUAUAGCCGCACUGGUAAUUGCUGUCCUGAUUUGCAUGUGCAUCAUCAUUGCCCGUGUGGACGUCCACUGGCCCGAUGCUUUUCUUGGAUAUGUGCCUUCAAAGUACAUAUUCAAAAAUGGUGCUCUGUAUACGUCAGUCAUGCCACAUAGUCUCUUUCUUGGAUCAGCGCUAGCAACGCAGGACCGUGUGGCGGCUAAGACUGCUGAGGAAGAAAGGGAGAAGCCGGAGAAGCUCUGGCAACGGAUCCGGGCCGCUUUCCACAUGGCGCCCAUUUCCCCACCGCAGACAUUAACUAACAACUCGCUCUCUUUCAUCAAGCUACACCUAUAUCACGGCAUCGCCGAUGUCGUCCUCUCACUUCUCUGUUUUGCGGUAGUAAUUAAUUCCCUCAUCCUCAUCCUCGCAGGCGCUACCCUUCCCGCCACCGCACAAACUGCUUCCCUUUUUGACGCGUAUGAUCUUAUCCGCACAGCCGUCUCUCCCUCUGCUGCCACCCUCUUUGCCCUCGCUCUCCUGUUUUCUGGACAGUCUUCAUCCCUCAUUGCCACUGUUGCAGGCCAAGCUGUGUCAGAGGGAUUCCUGAACAUUCGCUUGUCACCCGUUUUCAGACGGCUUAUCACCCGCCUGCUAUCCCUCGUACCAGCGCUCACGGUCGCAGUUGCAAUAGGCAGAAAUGGAAUCGACACCCUCCUCGUCGCAUCCCAGGUCGUUUUGUCCAUUGUUUUGCCCUUCAUCGUCUUUCCACUUUUGUGGUUGACGAGUAACAAACGCGUCAUGUCGGCGAAAAAUGAUGAUGGAGGCUCCGUGAAUUUCAGCAAUAGUAUACCUACUACGUUGCUAGGGGCAGCGAUCUGGCUCCUUGUUGUAGCGGCGAACAUUUAUGUUCUUGUUAGUUUGGGUAUGGAGACAUCGUGA